UUAGAUUUGUCUAAAAUAACCUAGUACAUUGGCAUAAUAACAACUUGCAUUCAAAAGCAAUAAUAUAUGUUUCAUAAAAGUCCACAUAUUCAACUUUUGAGAAAAAAAUCAAUUUAUUAUAGUUGAAAGAUAUUUAUUGAAUUUGUGUUCGAAAUCAACAUUCCAUUAUGGUGAAGACAUUUCAAGCGUAUUUGGGGCCAGAAUGCCAACGAACCUACAGUUGUGUGCAUUGCAGAGCUCAUCUAGCUAAGCAUGAUGACCUUAUUUCUAAGUCAUUCCAAGGCAGUCAAGGAAGAGCAUAUUUGUUCAAUUCUGUAGUAAACAUCGGCUGCGGACCAGCUGAGGAAAGGGUGCUAUUGACCGGUUUACAUGCGGUGUCGGAUAUCUUCUGUGAAUGCUGUAAUACAACACUAGGGUGGAAAUAUGAACACGCAUUUGAAACAAGCCAAAAGUACAAGGAAGGGAAGUACAUCAUUGAGUUGAUACAUAUGAUCAAAGAUAAUGGAUGGAGUUAGACUUUGGGAAAGUAAAAGUUUUGCUUCACUUUAAAUUGACAAUGUGUAACAUAAAGUAGGGUAUUUUUGGUAGUUUUCAGUGGAAUUUGUUGAACUCAAGACCUCCAUUUUGAAAACAUUAAUCUAUAACGUCCUAGGAUGCACAUUUCACAUCUGAUUAUCUCCAGUUGUGAUGAACUCCAGUUCAACUUGUCGUAAUCCGGAUUAGCAUGAUUGUAGCCAGAGUUGUCAUGGAUUAUCUUGAGGAUAUUUUGUGCUAUGGAUGGAGUGUCCACAUCUCGCUGCUAUUGAUUAUUUGAUGUCGCAUACUGAAUUGGCCUAAAACUGUUGUUAAUAAAAGCAGUGAAUUCGGUUGAAUAUGUACAUGAAAAAUAGUGUCCGAUCAAAGACGAUAAAUCUGUACAUUGAACAUUUUCGUGCUUGAUCUAUUAAUAGGUGUGGUCGGGUCUGAGGAUAAAGCCUAAAAUAUAGGUCCUGCUUUGUGAUUUUUUUUUCUUAUUCCGAUUUUCUGUGAACUGUUUUUUUUUUUUUUCAUUUUUUAAUUUUCUGUUGUGCAUUUUUCUCUGUUACUGUGAAGAUACCAGCAUUUCUCUGUCCUUUCUAUCUUUCCUUUUUUCGCAACAAUUGUAAAACUGUACUUGGUCCAUAUAUAGUAGCUUCAUUAUAUCUGAGUGGUUUAUGAGACACAUAUUUUCCCCCAGGCAGAUAAUCAAUGAAAUAUAUCAAACUUUGUUUGGUAUAUCAUAUAUAUAUAUAUAUAUUGUCUGUAAUCCAACUUGUCAAGAUUAUAAUUGAGACCACACAUCCAAUUUCAUGCUCAUUUGCCAAUAAAAUUUCAAAAUUACUUGGCAACUCGUAUAUAUACUAAUUUGAACUAAAAAAUGACAUGGGAAAUUAGUUUUCUCGUGUCCAGCAGGAUUUUGCAUUAAUUAGGAGCAAUUAUUUUCGAAUUAUAAAUUUUCUGGAUAAUACAUUGUUAGAUAUAUGGAUCAUCCUCUUUAAUUAACUACCAUGUUCUCAUUAGCACUUUAAUUCACCCCUGCCUAGACAUAUUCCUACCAAUAUUUUGUUGAAAAAUAUUCCAUUUGUUUGGUGAAUUUUUACAGUUCUGUUCAAUUACAGACAUGUAAUUGAAGAUCUGCUCGUGUAAAAACAGGACUAAUUUGACCUAUUUCAUGAUAAUUGAAGAUGCGCUUCUACCUUACCAUAUUUUAAUAAUAAUAACCCUCUUGCUAUUUUUUUUAUUUCAUUUUUUCCAGUAUUCAACCCUUGGGGCAUAUUCAUUGUACUUAUAGUCAGUUCAGCGAAAACACUUUUUUGCUGAAAUAUGUAUUUAUUUCCAAUUUACCUUACCCUGCAUUGUUGAUUGUUUUGUUGUUAUUUUUCUCUCGAUUUCUCUACUUAGUUAUUUUGCACUGUAGCAUUCCCCAAGGCAACCUUGGAGGCCCUUUUCUGUUUUUUCUCUUCUCUUUCUUGCUUGUGGGAAUUUUUUGGUAUUAUUACUAAUAGUAGUAUUUGUCAAUUUAUACACAUUUAAAUAUGAAACAUUAAUGAAAUGUGUUGCAAAGGUGCAGUUUUUAUAUGUCCCAUGCUUCCAAUAAACAACCAAUUGAUUUAGCUUAGUUUCCGGGUCAUAUAUUAAUACCAAACAUAUUUUAAUAAUUUAUGUGGAUAGGAGUACAACACCACAGAGUCGUAAUCAAUCCCAUCAUUAUAUUAUGGAUAUAUGUAUUCACCUUAAUUCAGUUUACAUGGAAAAUUGUUACUGUUAUAUGUAUGCAUGAUUUUGUAUGAGCUAUACGUGGAAAGGGUCGAAUCAAAAUAUUACUCUUUCACAAUUUGUAUAUUGAAUUAUAAAGAAUUUAAUUUAUGAUUCAGGUACAGUCACGCAAAAUCAGCAUAUAUUGAAUUAGGAAACAAUGUUACCUUUUCGAGUGAAUACUGAAGAAACCUUUGCAUUUUAUCCAUACCCACCAGAUAUUUUAUUUAUUGCUUUCAAACAAAGCAAGAAAAUUUUUCCAAAAAUGUAAUUUUUUGAGCUUUUCGCCCAUUCUCUCUUUCACACAAUUUAUUGUCCUUUAUGUGUGGUAUUUCCUUAUUUGUAUGUUCCUUCCAUUUUUCACCAGGGUCGAACUUCUUUGAAUUAUCUAUUAUCAAGCACGAAAAUUUUUCUCAUGGUUGGUCGUAGAUAAAUCGAGUGUAAAGUUUGACAAGGAGCUCUUCUAGCUGGUCUAUUGCUCUUUAUUAUUAUUAUUAUUAUCUGUAGUCAUACAAGCUGUAAUCAUGAAUUUCUGUUUUUUUUUCUUUGUCUAGUAGAAAAGACGUAGCCGAACGGCGGUUCGGGUGACAUAGCAACGCGACGAACGGUUUUUAAAACAAACGGUCUGCUGGCUAGGCCCUUUUCUUAUUCAACUGCGCUGUAACGAUAAAAAUCGAUAUAUACAGAAAUAAAGUACGAUAAGCUAGCGUAAAGGCCAGCUUAUUAUGUGAUAGACUGCGAAUUUCGCUUCUUUCAAUUAUAAUUAACGAUAAAACGGUACGCAUUUUUGUGUGGCGGUUAAAUUAUAUUCAUAUACCUUGAUGAUAUAAUGAACCGAAAUUCUCGUUUAAUUGCAAACACUUUGAGUGUCGAUUGUGACCAGGGAUUUUCUGGUUUACAAAAUUCGGGGUUUUUGAUGGUUUUAUUUUGGUCAAAAUCCCAGACAACACUCUUUGCUUUCUCAUUUUAAAUCACGAACAUUUUUAUAACGUCAUUAUGUGACAAAAAAAAAUCGAAACUGUCCAAGUUUGCGAAUAGCACCCGAUUUAAUUCAUAUUACUGGCGUGGUGGAAAAUUAUCUGCGCUAGCAACUUGAACUUAAUGGCAAAAUGAUGUCUCGCUCGAAGUGUUUUGGCUGUUUGCCAUGAGCUUUCCAAAGUUGAUUUCCUCCACGUUCACGUCAAAAUUCUAUGGUGUGUUGCUAUGUAGAUAAAUUACAUGGCUGGGUAUUCAUGACGUUUGAAGCCUUUAUUAAUGUGUUUUUGGAAAUUUAUCAAAAGAUGACGAGGUCGGGUUUCGCUAUAUAGCUAACCAGUUUAACCAAGCCAAAUAAUAUAUUAAAGCUUUAUAAUAGAACAUUUAAACCCAACAAUUGAAAAAUAUUCGCAAGAUUUCACAAUGGCUCGUUUCUAGUUCUAUGACGAAGACCAGUGAACAGCGAGGGCAACAUAAUACUCUUGUCAACAAACAGCCUUAAACCAAAAUACAGGCUGGAAUUUUCGAUUCUUGUGUUUAGUUUCGAUACUUCGUGUAACUGAUUUACUAGCUUUACCUGCGGCUCGUUGUAAAUUUCGAAAACCAGAACACGUCUGAGCAUGUUUAACUCCGAUGCGCCGUUCACACACCAAAGUCGUCCCUAUACCCUUGGUUAUGUAUGACGAAUCCUUCUUUUCAUAUUUUCUGUGUGCAGCCUAUUUCUGAAUAAAUAAUAUCCACGCA